GAGGUGGGGUUAUUGAAUUUUCUGUUUCUGGGCAUUUCUGGUUUCUGGGUGUAGUGUUGAUUGAUAUUCACGAACUUCUACUCUGUUUGUGUGUGUCAGUUGGAUUCUUUCUUGGGUUUUUUUGAUCGAGAUUGAAGUUUUAGUGUUGUUUGUUGGGAAUUCAGGGAAAUUGAAUUUGGGUUUUUCUGCUAGUGUUGAAAUAUUGGAGUUUUGGGGUACAUUUCGACAUUUUCGAUCAGCUAUUAGUUGUACAUUUUAUAGCUUUUUGAGUUUAAGAAGGAAGUGAAAGAUGGUUUCUUGGCUGGAUAGGACUGUAUCAGCUUGUUGCCAACCUUUAGGUAGAUAUGUCGGUUUGAGCAGCGGUGUUCUGGGAGGUGAAGAUUACCCACUGCUAUGGUAUAGAGACCUUGAGAAACAUUCAUGUGGGGAGUUCUCUUUUGCGGUGGUACAGGCUAAUCAAGUAUGUGAAGAUUAUGGCCACGUUGAACCAGGUCGUGAAGGUACCUUUGUUGGGGUUUAUGAUGGCCAUGGUGGCCUUGAUGCUUCAAGAUUUGCCUGUGAUAACCUUAGCCGGCAUUUAAUAACGCUUGCUCGAGAAAAGGGAACAAUAGAUGAAGAAGUCCUUAAUAAUGCCUUCGCUGCAACUGAAGACGGCUUCCUUUCUAUUGUGGAAAGGGAAUUUCAUGUUGAUCCAGGAAUUGCGUCAACGGGGUGCUGCUGUCUGGUUGGUGUUAUCUGGAAAAGGACAUUAUAUGUUGCUAACCUGGGGGACUGUAGAGCAGUAUUAGGUCAUACAGGAAGAUUCAAUAGGAUUUUUGCUGAGCAAUUGACUAAUGAUCAUAAUGCCAGGAUCAAGGAGGUCAGGGAUGAACUGAGAGCUCUGCACCCAGACGAUUCAAACAUUGUGUCUUGUGUCAGAAGAACAUGGCGUGUUAAAAGCAUUAUACAGGUAACUAGAGCAAUUGGAGAUGCAUUUCUGAAGAAGCCAGAAUUUGCUCUUAGUGCAAUUCCUCUUAGACGGCCAGUACUAAGAGCUGAUCCAUCUGUCUGUUCAAGAAACUUACAACCAUGCGAUAGAUUUGUUAUAUUUGCUUCUGAUGGGCUGUGGGAUCUCUUAAGCAAUGAAGAGGCUGUACAAAUUGUGCAUACCUACCCUAGACAGGGCAUAGCUAGAAGACUUGUUCUAUCAGCCCUGAAUGUGGCGGCACGUGCAAGAAAGUUGAAGUACGGUGACCUUAUGAAUUAUGACAAAGGUGUCAGGAGGGCCUUUCAUGAUGAUAUAACAGUCGUGGUCAUCUUUAUAGAUCACGAGAUGCUGAAUGACGAAUUAACUGUGCCUGGAAUGUCAGUUCGAGGAUUUGUAGACACUCAUCGACCAUCAGAUUUCAAUAUUGAGCAAGAGGUUGCUACAGAGUCCGAACUCACAGAGACCAACCCCACAGAGACUGAGCCCACAGAGACUGAACCCACAGAGACCGAACCCACAGAGACUGAACCCACAGAGACUGAACUCACAGAGACUGAACCCACAGAGACUGAACUCACAGAGACUGAACCCACAGAGACUGAACUCACAGAGACUGAACUCACAGAGACAGUAUAA